AUGUGUCAAAUCAUGCUAAUGUACAUCCUAGAGCUACAUAAAGGUCUAAAAGAGACUCAUCAAACUAAUCGAUUACAAAAGAUUGAUGUUUCACAGAUACCAUUUAUCAAUACUAUCUGGAUAUGCAAAGAUUGUAUAGAAAUAAUUUUGAAGACAUCUGCCGUGUUACCAGUUGUAAUUUUUGGUAUAUUUGGAAACGUUAUGGUUGUAUACAUCUUAUGUAAAAAUAUAAAACUACGUACAGCUACUAAUCUUCUAAUAGGAAAUAUGGCAGUAGCGGAUUUACUAUCACUAGCUAUCCAUCCUUGGGUGGUACUGACAUACGAUUUCUUUCAAAAUUACCAAUUAGGAGUCGUAGGCUGUAAAGGUGAAGGACCAAUAGAAUGUUCUCUAUUAUUGGCUAGUGUUGUUAGUAUGUCAGCAGUUACUUAUGAUCGUCUAACAGCAAUAGUUUUACCAAAAGAAACAAGAAUUACCAAAAAACGAGCCAAAGCACUCAUAGCCAUUAUGUGGAUUAUUGGUUUGGUAUUAUCUUUACCUAUGGUAUUCAACAGAAAAUACAAGGAACGUCAAUGGUUGAACUUUUUAGAAAAGUAUUGCUCAGAGAACCUCCUGGUAAUUAAUAUAUAUUGGUACGUAAUAAUUACAGUAAUGGUAUGGCUACCUAUGACAAUUCAACUUAUCUGUUACAUUUCUAUAUUUGUAAAAUUAGACAAAUAUGAGAGAAUUACCAAAAAGAAGUUAAACGAUCAUCACAUGAAUUAUAAGAAGAAAGCUGCUAUUACAAUGUUCAUUGUAACUAUUGUAUUUAUGAUAUGUAGAUUACCAUUCACAGGUUAUAUCAUGUAUAGACAUCAACUUAUCAAGGAAAAGAAAAUUACAGCGUCUACUAAUGAUUUGAAUCAACCGUACUAUAUAUUAUGGUGCAUUUCAAAAUAUUUAAUUUUCAUCAAUUCAGCUGUCAAUCCAGUAAUUUAUGGAGUAACAAACGAAAGAUUUCUAAAAGAGUUUAAAUCGACCAAGAUAGCUCAAUGGAUGUGUGCAUCAUGUAUGAAACAAUCGGCAGCUAAAUCAACUCAUAAAAAGAAAUCAGGCCGAUCAGAACAGAAUAGUAAUCAGAAAAUAUUUCUUAUUUUUAAAAGAAAACAUAAUCCACAUCUCGCAGAAGAUCCAGAACCCGUACUUUCUACUAAAAAAACCAUAAUCACUCAUCUUUAA